AUGAAGAGAAAACACACCUCCUCAAGUAGUAGUAAUAGUUCAACAUCAAACAUGAACUCGAGAAGAACACUCUCCAUGCCAGACUGUUUGGUCAAUUUCUCUCCCAAUGAUACGGCUAUGAAUUUUGUUGAUUAUGAAUUGCAAUCUUCAUUGUAUCAACAACAAUUACAAGCCAAUAAGAAAUGUAAACUAGGUAAUGAAGGAAUCAGCCCUACACAUCACCAUAUACUGAAUGGAGAACAACAAAUCAUGUUCUCGAAUCAAGCUUGGAUGGACGGAACUGCAAAUUUGAAUCAACAACAAGCAAUGAUUCCUUCUUCACAAACAUUUUUCGACUUUAAUGCUCAACAAGAUGGUUUAUUUGGAUUUGGUGACAAUGGUCAUAACGAAACGAGUUAUCAACAAACUAAUUCCAUGACAAAACACAUAUCCCUUAAUCACUACCCUCAAUUACAUCACACCCAAAUACAGCUGCUUGAAACUCUUCAAAUGAUUCUCAAUCAAAAUCAUCCUCAGCAACUUGAAGAGGAUGGAAAUGAUGGAAUGGUUGUUACGGCUCCACAAAUUCAAUCCAAUUCUUCUCCUAAUGAGCAAGGCCUUGAAAAUUCUCCCCAAUUCCAUCAAAAUAUGAUGAUGGAUCAACAGCAAGAAGUUGCACCAUCACAACAUUCAACAUCGUUUGGUGUUGCUUCUUCUGAACAGCAACAACCAUCAACUGAAUAUCAAGAUCAUCAACAAUUGUGGAAUGACAUUGAUGAGAAUGGAAUUUUCAGCCCAGUCGAUCACUCGGAAUUUUUGCUUCAAGAUCUCUCCGGUGACAACACUACCACUACCCUCAAUAACCUCAAUACCUCCUCCUCUAGCGAUAACAACAUUAUCGAAAACUCUUCACCCCAACCCUCAAACGAAUAA